AUGCAGCCUCUUGUUCAUUUUGCAGGAAUCUUUCAGUGUCUUCUUCGUCAAGGUAUUCGUUGUCAUCUUGUUCAUUUCAUGGUGCCAAACAGGUCUGCAUGCCACGGGUUAUGCUCUUCUGCACCUUCUUCAUUUCGUGUAGCUUCGUUUUCCAGUUCUUCAAAUGUCUGCACAAGAAUACUAAAGUGCUCGAUCUGCUUAGCAGACUAUCAAGCAGAUGAGCGGCUUCAGAGAAUACCCCCUUGUGGUCACACCUUCCAUAUCGAUUGCAUUGACCACUGGUUUUCUAAGAACACUACUUGCCCUCUUUGCCGAGUAUCGCUCCUGACUGCCCCCAGAGCUGCCAGCGUCGCUCCAACCGAUCUGGAAACACAAGCCAUCGAAGAGGACUGCUCUUCAAAUGCGCAGCAUCAUGUGGGCCUUAGAGAUGAGCACACGCGACCGGAGGAUCAGGCAGUGGACGGCAGGAUCAGUGACGGCCCAUCACAGCAGACUAACGUGGAAGCAUCAGUUGUUGUAGUCAUCGCGACUCAAACAGCAGGGUCUCCAAGUUCUUGCCACUUGUCUGACGUGUAA